AUGUACGACUGUGAAACGUGCCCCCGCUACUUUAACAGCUGGUAUGCCUGUCGCCAGCAUAUGAGCGACACGGGCCAUUGGGGCGUGCGGUACGAAUGCGAAACGUGUGAUGACCAAUUCUUGACCCAAUGGGAAGUGGAGGAACAUAUGGAUGACAAUGGACACCACGCUCCCAAGAUCCCUUGCGAGACAUGCGGAAGGAAGUUCUACAACCAGACGUCAGCGGAUCAGCACAUGAAUGCAAUGGACCAUUGGGCUCCAACAUGGCCAUGUGAGACUUGCACACAAAUGUUCCAUACGGAAGGUGCUGCUGAACAGCAUAUGCGGGCCAAGUCCCAUUACAAAAACUACUGUCACCCCUGUAACCGGCGUUUCGAUACUGCGAACAACCUCAAGAUGCACCUGAAUUCGAAGAUUCACCGCGGUCAAGACGUCCUCUGUCCUUUCUGCAACGCCGCUUUUACUACGGCCACUGGUGCUGCCCACCACCUUGAAACCGGCUCCUGCAAGCGUGCUGUAGGCCUCAAUCGCGAGACUAUCUACAAAUUUGUUCGCAGUCGUGACACCCAGGGCGUCAUUACAAGGAAGCUGCUUGAAUGGAACGAGGAUGACAACAUUCAAUACAAGGCGAAUUCCCGUGCUUACAACGGUGAUUACUGGGAGUGCUACUUGUGUCAUCGGGAAUUCAACACUUUGACCGCACUCAAUCAACAUCUCAAUUCGCCUGUGCACAAGCAGAAGCUGUAUCAUUGUCCGAAUGCGAAGUGUAGGAAGCAGUUUAUUACCAUAGCUGCUCUGUUCAACCACCUUGAGAGUGAAUCCUGCGCUUAUAUGCGGUUUGAGAAGGUACAGCGGCAGGUUCAGGAUGUGUUUCGUGGCGGGAGAGCUAUUGCAUUCUGA